AUGCCUCUACACUUGCUGCUGCUCACACUGUCACUCAUUUCUAAUGUCAACUCAUAUCCCCAACCGCCAUCCCCCUAUUCACACAGCGCUCGCAGCAGUGCUAUUUCUAGACGAAAUAUCGUCACAGACAGCUCACAACUCUCGGAUUCCUAUGACUUUAUAAUCUGUGGAGGAGGAACCGCCGGCCUUGUACUCGCUUCACGGCUUUCGGAAGACUCGAAUCACACUGUGUUGGUACUCGAAGCAGGAGAUACCGGAGACGCAGAGGCGGACUCCAUCAACGUUCCCGCCAAUGCCUAUUACGACUCCGCUGUCGGCGGCGCCGCUGACUGGGCCUACACCACCGUUACACAAUCCAACGCCAACAACCGCGCUAUGACCUGGCCAAGAGGGAAGGUACUCGGAGGUUCAUCCGCCAUCAACGGCAUGUACGCCGUCCGACCCUCCCAAAUCGAAUACGACGCUUGGGCAGCUCUCAUUGCAGAAGACGACAGUAGCGCGAGUUCGAAGUGGGGUUGGGAUGCUCAGUUCGCAGCGAUGAAGAAGGCCGAGACGUACAGCGCGCCUAGCUCGGACACGAGUGAGAACAUCGCCAUCGAGGCUUCGGACUCCGGUAGAGGGACGAGUGGACCGGUUCAUGCGACUUAUCCCGAAUACAUGGUCCCCCUUGUCGGUAACUGGACGUCCACCUUGUCUGCUGCUGGCGUUCCGGAGACUGCGGACGCGUACAGCGGCGAGAACUGGGGAGCAUACGUCGCCACCUCCGCCAUUAACCCUACGAACUGGACCCGUUCAUACUCCCGCUCCGCCUAUAUCGACCCUCUCGCUCCCCGCUCCAACCUCCAAAUUCUUCCCAACGCGCAAGUCACUCGCAUCAUCUUCAGCAGCUCUUCUGGAAACAUCACCGCGAAUUCUGUGGAAUGGGCCACGAGCAGCUCGGCGGCGAGGAAUACGGUGAAUGUGACGAAGGAGGUGAUCAUCGCGGGAGGUGCUAUCGGAAGUCCCACCAUCUUGAUGCACAGUGGAGUGGGUCCGAGCGACGUCUUGGGGGCUGCUGGCGUUGAUGUCGUGUACGACCUCCCCGGAGUUGGACAACAUCUUCAGGACCAUAUCAGCACCCAGUUGAGCUUCAGUACGUCGGCCACGACCGCGAAAGCCAUCCAAGACUCGGGUGACUACAGCUCCAUCACUGGUGGCGAGACGGCAUUCAUGUCGUACAUCAACUCCGCUACAGCCUACGUCAAUAUCACUCAGCUCCUUGGGUCUGACGAAGCCCAGACCUUUGCGGACUCCGUCUCCUCUGCUCUCAGCUCUUCCGCUUCGUCCCUUGUUCCCAGCACAGAUAGCACAGUCAUCUCUGGCUACGAGACGAUUUACAACUCCAGUCAAUCGCUUUUGAUGACCCAGCUGGGCCACAUUGAGAUCUUGUUCAGUGCGACUACCAGCGAUUCGGCUGUUGGGAUCCAGAUCGCUCUGCAGAGGCCUUUCAGUCAAGGACGUCUCUAUAUCAACUCCUCGGACCCCUUCGUUUACCCCGUCAUCGACCCUCAAUACCUGUCGAACUCCGCCGACAUCCAACUGCUUCGCGCUGGCUUCAAGCUUGCUCGUACGGUCGGUAACACAGCACCUUUGAGCAACUACCUUACCGGCGAGACGACACCCGGAACGUCGACAAGCUCGGACGACGAUAUCGACACUUGGCUCGCGCAGAACAUCGGCACAGAAUAUCACCCGAGUUGCUCGUGCGCGAUGCUGCCGUUGGACAAGGGCGGUGUCGUCGACUCUGACCUCAAGGUUUACGGGCUUUCAAACGUCCGUGUCGUCGACGCUUCCGUUUUCCCCAUCCAGUUCGCCGCUCACUUGGCUGUUCCCGUCUACGGCCUCGCCGAACAGGCCUCCGAUCUCAUCCGGGCAUAUUACAACGGCGUCUCCACCACCUCUAACUCAUCAACGAACUCCACCGCCACAUCGACCAGCUCGUCUUCGGGCCAGACUGGAGUCUCGACGAGCGGUGCGUCGCACGCCGUUCCGUUUUCGACCUCGCCGUCGGCGGUCGGUGCGGUCAGCUUGGGCAUGAUGCUCUUGGGGUCGAUGUUGGUGUUGUAA